CCUGUAAAUAAAGCGAAGCAGCUAUCCAUUUACGAAAACAGACGCUGAAAUCUCAACAUCUUUACUUUUCCAGUAAGCCUACUCCAUUUGUUAAACCCUAAAAUUGUUGGAGAAGAUUAAACAAAAAGCAGGAAUGAUUAUCAGAGCUUCAUCAUUAUUGCUAUAAAAGGAUACAAAAGGGUUUCGGUCUUUCAUGAAGUUGACUGAGGUCUUUGCAACAGUAAUGGUGUGGACAGUGUAGAGUGAGCUUUCUGAUGAGCAUGGUGAUCGCUUAGUGUGGAAUAAGUGUCGUGUCAGUCAGCAAGAGAACUGCAAUAGCAAUGGAAGUUAGAGUGGUUUUGCUAUUGGUUUUGGGAAUUGUUUUCUGUAAUGGAAGUGCGUAUGGAAAGUUCAUAGCCUAUAACACUUCUCAGAGGACAGUUCCUGGAAAGAUCAACGUCCAUUUGGUUGCUCAUACUCAUGAUGAUGUGGGGUGGUUGAAGACUGUUGAUCAGUACUAUGUUGGUUCCAACAAUUCGAUUCAGGGUGCUUCUGUGCAGAAUGUAUUGGAUUCCCUUAUUCCUGCGUUGCUGGCGGAUAAGAACCGCAAGUUCAUCUAUGUGGAGCAGGCAUUUUUCCAGCGUUGGUGGAGAGAACAGAGCGAAGCAAUGCAGGCAGUUGUCAAGGCACUCGUUAACUCAGGCCAAUUAGAGUUUAUAAAUGGUGGAAUGUGCAUGCAUGAUGAAGCAGCUCCCCACUACAUUGACAUGAUUGAUCAAACAACUCUUGGGCAUCGUUUUAUUAAGCAGGAGUUUGGCAAGACUCCUAGGAUUGGCUGGCAGAUUGAUCCCUUUGGACACUCAGCAGUACAAGCUUACUUGCUUGGUGCUGAACUUGGAUUUGAUUCCCUUUUCUUUGCUCGAAUUGAUUAUCAAGAUAGGCAAAAGCGGAAAGACCAAAAGACUCUUGAAGUUGUAUGGCAGGGCUCUAGGACCCUAGGCUCAUCUGCUCAGAUUUUCACAAGCAUAUUUCCAAAGCAUUAUGACCCCCCAGAAAGUUUCUACUUUGAAGUUAACGAUGAAUCACCUCUUGUUCAGGAUGAUAUUCUUCUUUUUGAUUACAAUGUGCCAGAGCGAGUGGAUGACUUUGUUAAUGCUGCAAUAGAGCAGGCCAAUGUUACUCGCACAAACCAUAUCAUGUGGACCAUGGGAACUGACUUCCGUUAUCAAUAUGCAAACACUUGGUUUAGGCAAAUGGAUAAGUUCAUUCAUUAUGUCAACAAGGAUGGGCGCGUCAAUGCCCUGUAUUCAACCCCAUCGAUGUACACUGAUGCAAAGCAUGCUGAAAAUGAAUCCUGGCCUCUCAAAACUGAGGACUUCUUCCCCUAUGCUGAUCGUGCGAAUGCAUACUGGACUGGUUAUUUUACAAGCAGGCCAGCCUUCAAACGAUAUGUUAGAGUGAUGAGUGGAUAUUACAUGGCAGCAAGACAGUUGGAAUUUCUUAGAGGGAGGAGGAGUGCAGGGCCUAACAUGGCGAGCUUGGCUGAUGCUUUGGCCAUUGCUCAGCAUCAUGAUGGAGUCAGUGGAACGGAAAAGCAGCAUGUGGCAAAUGAUUAUGCAAAACGCCUAUCAAUUGGUUAUGUGGAGGCUGAAGAGCUGGUCAAUAGUGCACUGGCUUGCUUGACAGAAUCGAGGUCAAAUUCUAGCUGUGCAAACAUUGGAACAAAAUUUACACAGUGCCCACUCUUGAAUAUAAGUUAUUGUCCUCCAUCAGAAGCAGAUAUAACUUCUGGAAAGAGCUUGGUCAUUGUUGCUUAUAAUUCUCUUGGUUGGAGGCGUGAAGAUAUCAUUAGGAUUCCCGUUAAUAGUGAAUUGGUAACCGUUUGGGAUUCUGAAGGCAAAGCGAUUGAAUCACAGCUUAUACCCAUGGCCAAUGUUUCAAUCAACUUACGUAACUUUUAUGUCCCUGCAUACUUGGGUAUCUCAGCAAGUGAUGCUCCCAAAUACUGGCUUGGUUUUGCAGCUUCUGUCCCUCCCUUUGGUUUUACUACAUAUGUCAUCUCAAGUGGAAAGAAGGAAGGGGCCUUGUCCACCAAAUCAUCGGUAUACACAUCACAAGAAAAUGCAAAUGAUACUUUGGAAGUUGGGCAGGGAAACCUAAAACUUGUUUAUUCCUUGGAGGCCGGCAAGCUUACUCAUCUUUUCAAUAACAAAACCUCGGUGGACUUAUCAAUUGAUCAAUCAUACAUUUACUAUACUGGAUUUAAUGGAACUGACAGUGAUCCUCAGGCCUCUGGAGCAUAUAUCUUCCGCCCAAAUGGCACAUUUCCAGCUACAUCCUUCCAGCAGGUGCCUCUGACGGUUUUUCGUGGUCCUGUUUUUGAUGAAGUCCAUCAAGAAUUCAGUCCGUGGAUAUAUCAGAUAACAAGGGUCUACAAGAAUAAGGAAUAUGCAGAAGUCGAAUUUAUUGUCGGGCCAAUACCUGUUGAUGACGGAUUUGGCAAGGAAGUUGCCACUCAGAUUGUUACUGCCAUGAUGACAAAUAAAACAUUCUAUACAGAUUCCAAUGGACGAGAUUUUCUUAAAAGGAUUCGAGAUUAUAGAUCUGACUGGGAUCUCCAGGUGAAUCAACCAAUUGCUGGAAAUUAUUAUCCUAUUAAUCUUGGGAUAUAUGUGGAAGACAACAAGAUGGAGUUUUCAGUGUUGGUUGAUCGGGCAGUGGGAGGAUCAAGCACAAAGGAUGGCCAAAUUGAAUUGAUGCCUCACAGGAGGCUGCUGCAUGAUGAUUCAAGAGGGGUUGGGGAGGCACUUGAUGAAGUUGUUUGUGUCCUCGACAAAUGUGAAGGCUUGAGAGUCCAGGGGAAAUUUUAUCUUCGAAUUGAUCCUCUUGGAGAAGGUGCCCAGUGGCGGCGAUCUAUGGGUCAGGAAAUAUACUCUCCUCUCCUCCUCGCAUUUGCUGAACAGGAUGGCAAUAACUGGACCAGUUCUCAUGUACCAACCUAUUCAGCAAUGGAUGCCUCCUAUAGCUUGCCUGAUAAUGUUGCAAUGAUUACGCUCGAGGAGCUCGAAGAUGGAAGUGUUCUCCUUCGGUUAGCCCAUUUAUAUGAGGCAGGAGAGGAUAAGGAUCUUUCAGUACUGGCAAAAGUUGAGCUAAAGAAGCUAUUCCCAAAUAAGAAAAUAAGCAAGAUAACUGAGAUGAGCCUCUCUGCAAAUCAAGAGAGGGCAGAAAUGGAGGCAAAGAGACUGGUUUGGAAAGUGGAAGGGGAAACUAAGGUUGGGAAUAUGAUGUUCAGAGGGGGACCUGUAGAUGCUGAUAAGUUGGUGGUGGAGUUGGCUCCUAUGGAGAUUCGCACCUUCAUCCUGGCUUUCAAUUAUAUCUUCUUCCUGCAGUUGAUUAACCCAUGAUUGCUUUCAAUUUGUUGUAAUGUUCCUGGCUGGGGAGUAGUUUGAAAAGCUCUCUCUCUCUGUACGUGAGCAUGCGUGUGCCUACCACGUCAUGAACCUGUGUGCAUGAGGAUGCGCAACUGUGCUUGAGCGUGAGUUGCUGGCUCAUCUAUAAGUUUCUGCUUUGCCGGUUCGUGUCCUAUAAAAUAGGAGAGAAAUAGAUUGUCAUUUGAAGGCGGCCUGAAUCUUACCUUUGUUAUCAAAUUAUUAAGAAAUAAGGUUGUCAUUUGAAGGCCUGAAUAUUACUUUUGUUAUACUCAUAAAUUCAUAAUAUGAUAAAAAUGCCUUUAAAAUA